CACCCAUACAAAUCGGGCGGAUGUAUAAAAUACACGAGAUUUGGAUUCUAUUGCGAGCAAAAUAAUUUACAACGGAAAGAAAAAUUGCCUCCCAGGAAAAAUUGCACAGAAAAUGAUACUCCAAAGUGUUCUUCUAUAUUGAAACAAGAAAGACAUGGAUAACACAGAAUUACUAUUUUUUGACACAUUUUCACACGACAUUUCAGAGGAACUUAACUUAGAUUUAGUGCAGUUUCCGAAACCUGUAUAUAUUAGCGAAGUUAGAAUUAUUCCACUGGGUGCUAGAGUACAAGCAGAUUUUCCUGGGGGUGUUCGUUUGGGAGCAACAAAUCCAUCACAAUUUGAAAUUGAAUUUUUUGUAAACGAUUUAAGUAAGCCUGGAGCUUCUACAUUUGAAUCUCUAGGAGAACUAGAAUACAAACAAAAUAUUCAUAUUCAAUUGGAAUGUGAGAGAAAGCAGAUUCCCACGGAUGGGUUGGUAUUAAGAGGAUGGUAUACUACCAUCACUUUAGCUGUAUAUGGAACAUUGACAAAGUCUUUGAAUAAUCCUCAAGAAGUUAUUAGUUCAGCUGCUGGUUCUGCAGCUUGUGCGAGUGGAUUAGAGGAAGUUAUAGAAAAUACUACUCAAAUUUCAGAACAGCAAUCUGAGUGGUAUUAUGAGAAUCAAGCGCAGACUAAUUCAAGUGAAACAUGUGUGGCAGCAACACCACCACCUCCUAUACAACCAAUACAAACAGUAGAAUCAUCCAGAAAUUCAACAUCAGAUACUGGAAAAACAGAUGUAGGACAUUGGGAAGAAGAUGGUACCAGUGGUACUCUAAAAUCUGUGAAACGUCCUUCUUCACCACCUUCUGAAUCUUUGGUAUCUUUAAGUCCUGAAUCAAUAUCAGCAGAGGAAGAAGAAGGAGACCAGGAUGGUGGUGACCAAGAAACAGGAGAACCAUUCGAACCUAUAUUAUCCGAUGAAGAUAUAAUGGCAGAUGACAUACCACCCACUACAGAAUAUGAAUGUGAAAAUGUGCAAUUAGAUGACAUUUAUUCGUUAAGUCCACCUGAUUUAUUGGAGCUAGAAAAAUCAGUGAAUAUCAUCGAAGAAUACACUAUUAGCAAUGAAAUGUUGGAUAAGAUACACGAAAUAUUUCAGUCUUUAUCAAAGUCAGUUUUACAUUUUAAUAAUGCAUCUGGUCAGGAGAAAGAGACAUUCGUUCAUAAUUGCGAGACUUUAUGCACAAUACUUAGCCCUUUUUAUUUAAAUAGUUCAGAUUUUAAUGACUUAACCAAUAUCGUGAAUGCAGGCUUAGAUAUGGAUCUUGCUCGUGCUCAACCUCAACCAGCUUAUAAAGUUCGCCACGUCAAAGUUGGUGUACGACUAGCAGAAGCUUUAUGUAAACUUUUACAAGGUCCAGAUAUACUGUUAAAAGUAGAUGCCCCUUAUAAAUUAUUAGCAUUAUGCAUGCGCGAAAACGUAGCGCUUCCCGUAAAACUUUCUGCUCUUCGUACAUUAGAUGCUGCAUUGAUAAGUCCUAUAAUUGUUCAAGAGUUUCUUAAGUCAAAAAGUAAUCUAUAUAAAAAUGCUUUAAUGAUGUUAGACACGGCUAAGUUAGCAAGAUUGAAAUAUGCCUUGAGUUCAUUAUUACGGAAAGUACAUACUUACGAAUUUCUUGAUGAAAUGAAAGAACUCAACGAAUUUGCUGUGACCGAAUUAACAAAUACGUAUGUAUGUGCACCAACAUUAAUGGCUCAACCAAAACGUCAGCUUCCAGCUGGAGCCCAAAUGGAAUUCGAACGAGAACAAAAUCGAAAUCCACGAUGUCACUUGAUAGCAUACUUCGAGCAUCAUAAACUCUUAUAUCACGUUCUUGUGACACUUACUUCUCCAAAAUCAGAUAUAAAUUUAAUUAAAGCUACUCGACAUUUUCUUUUACGUAUUUCAGAUACAAAAGAAGGUUUACUAUAUUUACUGAAAGAACCAGAAAUUACUAAAUUAAUUUUGAAAGCUUUAAAGUGCGCAUUACCCGGCGCAGGGUCCGUCUUAGCUUGGCGGCUUCAAGUCGUACAAUGUUUAUUACAUUUAAAAUAUCAACCUUCUGAUUGGUUGGCUUUAAAGAAGCUUCAUUCCUUUCUAAUAUUUCCCGAAGGUUUACAAGCUAUAAUAACAGUUCUUUCAACAGGGGAAUUUAUUGAUAUUUUAAUCCCCUAUCUAUCCGAUCCAAAUCUUUGUGAAUUCUCAGCAGAGAUUAUAUCAGCAACCGUUCGUUAUUCCGAUCGAAUAGAAGUAUUUCAAAAUCGUGCCACAAUUAUUCUAGAAAAGUCGCGGGCUCAGGCUGUUUUAAAAGACAUUACAUCGUACAUGACUACAGCAGCACAACCUGCUCAUUGGAAUUAUGGAGAUGUUUCUCAGCUCGUUGCAUGCAUUAAGAAAAGUGCAGAUAAAGCAGCCUCUCUUCCUGGACAAUUAAUUACCGCAUGUAGAAUUUUAUAUUAUCUUGUUUUUCCUUCUAAUAAUGAUGUGGAUCCAAUGGAGCCUUACAUCGAAUUAAAAUAUAGAAAUGCAUUGACUCAGUUAUUUGCUGCCGAUGGUUUAACAGCUCUUAUCGCUGUUAUGGCAAAUAUUUCAGAAUUUUAUGAACAACCAUUUUUGCACCGUGCAGCUCUAACAGGUCGGAGAGGUUUAGCAUUAGUUGCAUUGCUUCUUCCAUGUGUGAAAUUAACGCGGGCAUUGCUAGAACGUCUUGUAAAAUGUAUGGCAACAGACUUCAAAGAUUUGACGGCUGUAGUACCAUUACUUGGCGUUUAUUCGUUAGUUGAAGCCAUUCCUACCGUUCGAAUUGUGCAAACAUUGUCUGAAGAAAUAGUAGAAACACUUUUAGUUUUUACGCAAGCCGUGGAUUCAGAUGGAUCAGGAAAUGUAGCAAAAUCAUUGUGGACACAGAUGCUAGGUGAAGUUCUAAAAAUGGUUUCUCUUAGUCCAUGUAAUUUUAUACCUGGCUUGAAACUUUUAACAAGACUGUUACCACCUGUUUUAACUUUAAAGGAAACAAUAAUUGAGGAUGCUGCUCGUGUCCUAGGCUUUAGAAAAUUAUGGUCUGCUCACUUACAGGCUCAAGCUAAUAAUUUGAUUGAAACGUUACGUUUGCUUUGCGCUAGUUGGAACAAAGAUUUACUAAUUCUUCUUUCAAAAGUAUGCAAACAGUUAAGUGAUUUAGCAGCACCUACAGCUUUACUUGUAGGUAGAUGUUUAUUAGAUGGUAUGAUAGCCUCGUCUUCCCUAGAAAAUAAUGUUUUAAUUCUUGGGUUACUCAGCGAGCUUGCAAGACACGCACCUAUGAAAGCUACUUUGUUAACUUUAACUAGUCCCGCUUCUAGAGCACAAGUAAAAUCCGAUCAAAAAUAUCCACCUGUUAUCGAGAUGAUGUGCACAGUGCUUAAAAAUACAAGUAACAUUCGGAUUCAAUAUGAAAUCCUUGACAUCUUUGAAACAUUAUGCGAUUGUACACUAAGUCUUAUGCAGGAAGAUGCAAAUGAACCUUUUGAAAAAAGGCUCACUCAUUCAGUACCAAGCAAGGAACCCCUAUUAUCUAUUCUGGCUGCACUCAUCGACAUACUAGCGACUAGUACAAAAUUUGAAACUGAAGUGCUACAUAGUACACUUCGAAUACUUUCGUCUCUUAGCAGCCAUAACUACGGUUUAUAUCACGUGAAAAGCUGUUUAGAAAAUAAUCCCGAUGCAUUACGAUCAUUAUUAGAGCAUAUCUCUGUAUUAGAAGAUCCUGAGGCUCAAGCUAUCGUAGAUUUAACUAUAACGUUCUUAGAAAAUUUAAUUGCGUCUGAAUCACAGGGAAGAUCUUUAUAUCUACGUGUACAACAACUAGCAUCAUUGAUAUCAUGGGAUAAAAAUGAUCAUCCCUUGGAAAAGAUAAAAAGUGCACAAGAGUUAGUAGAAAUUUUGAAGUCUGCAGAAGACAAAGAAGAAAAGGAACCAAUUCCAGAAAUGUUAGAACCAUUAUUGCCAACUCCAGAAGCUUUAUUGAAUCAAUUUUCUCAGCGAUGUUUAGGAACUCCAGAUCUUGCUUCUAAACGACCGAAGAAAUUUACAUUUACGUCACCCAGUCAAACACCAAGCGAAAAUACAGUGGAUUUGUUAGCCCUUGCAGCUGAAUUACUUCCUGCUGAUUUUAAUCUACUAACAGAAGCUCAAAGUUUAUGCUCUAAAGCACCUCCUGAUGAUGCUACUCAACCACUACAAUCGAAAACUCAAGCCGACGAUCAAGAAACUAGAGACAUUCAAAAGCAAUCAACAUCACCUGUUUCUAAAGUAAAACAACCGUUUGUUACGCCUAUGAGAGGUAGAACGCAAUUUACCAAUUCUUUAAGGGGUGGACCUGUCGUGGGAAGUGUAGGUAGAGGGGCAGAUCCAUUUAGAUCCAGACCACCAAACACUUCGCGACCACCAUCUCUUCAUGUUGAUGAUUUCGUAGCAUUAGAAACAUGUGGAGCACAACCAACAGGACCUACAGGUUAUAACAAACUUAGUAUCCGCGGGACCUGUCCUUCUCGAGCGAUCAAUGCAGGAACAAGAAGUAGACCUUGGGCACAAGAAACACGACCUCCUUACCUCCGUUAAUUUUGUAUUUAGUUAAAAAGAAAUAAUGUUUAUUCGUAAUAACACUGAUUUUGUAAUUUGCCAUUUACAAUGCAAUUGAAGAUUUCAUAAUAAUAAAUUUAAUAUAUGAUACAGUA